AUGGCUACCACUACCACACCGUCGACACCAACCCCCCCAACAUCCACCCCCCGAAGAGUAGACCUCCGGAACCCGACGCCGCUCUCUGCGACUCAAGAGGGCGAGGUGAGUCUGAUCAUACAAUUCUCCGCCAAAUCCCGCGGACGGCGGACGACAGACGACGAACUUCAGCCAUACGAGAUUGGUUCCAGUCAGCUAACUCUUUCUCUCAUCCUUUCUAAAGAAUUCGCAGCAUGUGCUGUUAAUCGUACGGUGACCGCAACGUGGGUUUGUCGAAAGCAGCGGCUUGCAAUGAAUGCCUGCAUGGUCCUUCAUGCGAAACCGGAAGUAGAAGACCAGGCCCGAGAAGAAUGGUUUGCAGGCCGAGAAGCGCGAAUAAAGGCCCGCGAAAAGGAGGCCAGGGAGACAGAAGAACGGAGACAAGAGGUCCUUGCUAUGAUGAAGUGGGACGACGAGAGACGAGCAGCAGCAGCAGCAGCCAAAGCGAAGAGUUCAUGA